AAAGUAUGUCACGCGUUGCUGUCCGGCAAGACAGUCCUGACAUUGGGACGGCUGGCACGAACUACUCCACUCCGUUUAUUACUCGCUCGAUAUCGGCUCCUAGGGGUUGCCCCCCGCCCGCAAUUCGGCGGUUGGGGCUUGGCCAUCGGGACCUCAUUUCAUUUCCUCCCGAUUUCGGAAGAAACAUCGGCAAAAACUCGCUUGGCGAUCGCUUCAGCAGUUCUCGCGCCUGUGCCACAGGCGGCCCGCGCGUUGUAGUCGUCCCAAGAGAGAGAGAGAGAGAGAAAGCAACGCGUAAAUUCUGUGUUGUCGGUGGUCGCCACUUUGCUUUUUUUCAAUGCCCAACCUCCCCAUGAACGGGUCUCGGUUUCCUGCUGCAACGCGAGAAUUUGACAAUUCAGGUGUGCCAACGUAUGUACCCGGUGGAACACGCAACAAUGCAGUCGUGUCGACAGGUCUACCGAACAGUCUCCCGCUCGGAAUGGGGGUCCUACCCGGCACUACUACCGGCGGUUGUGGCGUCCCCAUCCUGCCCAACGUCACUGCUGUCGGGGCUCAAGACAAUUGGCGACAGGCAGGCGACGAGAUGAAGCGACUCCGGUCGCGGCACGUGAUUCUGAUCGAGCGGAUGCUACGAAACCACCAGCCUCAUGACGUCUUGACACAGGUACCCGAGAACUACGACUGGCACUCCAAGACUUUCGCACUGGCGAUUAAGAUCGAGCGGCUCAUGUUCACCACCGCUACGUCGCGCGAGAAUUAUCUGGAUGAGAGCACACUACGCCAGCGGAUGCAGCUCCUGUCGCGUCAUUUGGUGCGGCUUCGGAAACGCAAGAAUGCAGUGGCAGCGUCGACAGGGACUCGUGUGUAGAGUGGAGGGUAGCAUACAGGUUUAGACACGACCCUUCCACGUCGAUAUGCGGUCUGUGUGCUUGACGGCGUCAAAGUAGGCAGCUUAGGCCUGCACGUAUUUAAGUAAGGUAGUAGUAUAAAAUGUGUUGCCAACUUUGCUCGCCAACCUGUUCCCGUGUCCAUCAACACAAAGUGCGAGUGUCUCCCAGCUCCAGGCCCAGUGGAAGGGUGCAGCGGGACAUUCGCGAGCUCGCGUUGCCGAAACCGGUGGCGGGUUACCAUUCCGUAGAGCUGUCAUGGGUUUACUGCCGUUUCGCCGUCCAAAUCAUCGUGUCUGGCUGGCGUUGCAUGUAGUCAACAACGAUUGUAGAUGCCGGUUUCCAUGUGCUGGGUGCGUGGCGGCGAUACCUUGCUCUCCAGACGCUGGAGCCCAGAGAAUCCCUAAGACUCCCACGCGCGCGGGUGGGGAUUACGGGCAAUGAAUCCGCACGUGCUCUGGUCAUAUCGUGACAUUUUACUGCAACUUUUGUAGAUUUCGGUGGGUUACUGUCAUUUUUGUCAGCUUUCACGUUCAACUUGUUACAUGCACGCGGCGAAGCACUCGCAGGGCAAAAAGGUAGAACAUGGUGGUAACUUUUACAGGUUUAUUGUUCGUUCAGCCCCCGUUGUAAUAAAAGCCGAAAAUUUGAGAAGCUUGGGU